ACUUCCGCCGGUCUUCGACGCCAUUUCUUUCUGCUUUCAUGAGAUUCUUUCCUUGCUGAUUGAUAUUUUAAACUACGCUUUUAUGUGAGCUAUUUUUAAUCAAUUCGCUGCUGACCGUCCGAUCAUUCCGAUGGUUUGAUUCUUUUGAUCGAUUGGAACUGGUCAUCCAACCAUUCCAAAGCGACUGAUCGCGUAGGACUUCGUUUUAAGGGGCACCAUUAAUGCUUUCGAGCUGAGGCGGGUGGAGUUGACAGCGAAGAAGAGCCUUCUUUCUCUGUAUUCCUUCCUAACGGUCGCUGAGAAAUAGGGAAGGAAUUUGGUAACCUAGAACGCCGUGCCUCCCGCUCGUGUCUAUAUCUGGGCGUGCUUUAUAAUUUUUUGCUUUUUAAAUUCUCCGAUUACUCUGCGCGCCGGUUUACAUUGCUCCUGUUGUUUCUCCCAUUCUGAUGCUGUGAGUUAGAGUAGAUAGUUAGCAUGGAAUUUAGCUGGCUAACUCCAACUCGCGAUGUCUGGCUGGACUGCCAUAUAAUUCGAGGCAGGGGCUCCAGAAAUGGCCGCUGUUAAACUUUUGUGGCUUGUAAAAAAAGUGGCAUAAGAGGCUUCUCUGGCAUGCAAAUUCACGGUUUCUCGUUAGAUUCAUAUUAUUGGAUACGUACAUCGGGUUGGGUUACUCAAUGGUGAUUUACUGGAAGCUUGGGAGCAUUUCCUAGUAAAUAUGCCGAAGUCCAAUGUGGACGGAGAAGUCUUCCUUGACUCACUGGACAGCAUUAGGAAUUCUGUUGACUCUAUAUCAUCCUUUUUCUCAGUCGAUGAAGAAUUUGAAACUAACCUCAGAAUUUUAGAUCCUCAAUUCUGGACUACGGGCAUGAUGUCUGUUAGUGAAAGGCGAACGAGUUUCGUGCGCUUGAUGGGUUUUGAUGAGUUUGUUUCUUCUCACGAAGAAUGCUCUCUUGACUCACCAGAAUCUUUGAGUGAUAUCUCCAUGGAGCAAGUUGAGCAUGAGAGGCUUUCAGAAAGUAGCGGUGCCGCUUUGAAUUCUCUCUCAACAACAAAUGAUGGAGGAAUAAGAGAUUCUCUUUGUUGCAUAAGAGAUCUGGAUAGUGGGCAGAAGUAUACUGUUCACGAUACUGGUGAAAAUGGUCUGUCUGCUUUCAUCAGAGAAGCGGGGUCAGGAAAAUUUUUAACUUUGAAGGACUUUGAAAAGUUACUUGGAUUAUCCUGUCAUGUUCUUAAGCUGAUGCAGAGAGAGCAAGCUUUUGGAUAUAAAUAUGGUCAAGGCUUCCCAGAAAGUAAGAAGCAGCUGAGCAACUGGUGGAGAAGGUUUAUCUCACGGAGACCUACUGCAGGAUUGUGUAGGAAUGACGUUUCCAUUAAAAAUUCCCAAGUUCCUCGAACUAUGACAACUAAGGUUCUUCAACAUCGGAAAAGUUGUAGAGAGCUCACGGCUUUGUUUAUGGGGCAAGAUAUUAAAGCUCACAAGGGCUUAAUUAGAACGAUGAAAUUUAGUCCUUCGGGAUGCUACAUCGCUAGUGGUGGCGAAGAUUGUGUUGUUCGGAUCUGGCAGAUCAGAGAAUUGCAAGCAUUUUGCAAAUGCUCCAAAGCAGAUGGCUCUCCUAAUUUUUUUGGUAAAGUUGAUAGUAGCAAAUCCUUGAGUGGAAGGAAGGGUGCUGACUCUGCACCAAUUGUUAUUCCCAAGAAGGGUUUUAGGAUCGUGGAAACUCCAUUUCAGGAAUUUCGUGGACAUACUGGAGACAUACUGGACCUUUCUUGGUCUAAUUCUGAUUGUCUUAUUACAUCUUCUAUGGACAAAACAGUGCGAAUGUGGAAAGUUGGUUUUUGCGAAUGCCUUAAAGUAUUUCAACACACUGAUUAUGUGACUUGCAUUCAGUUUAAUCCUGUUGACGAGAGAUACUUCGUAAGUGGCUCUAUUGAUGGAAAGGUUCGCAUUUGGGGUGUCUCUGAAAAUCAGGUGGUUGAUUGGGUUGACAUACGUGAUAUUGUUACUUCGUUGUGUUGUCGACCAGAUGGGAAGGGAUUUGUUGUUGGCUCCAUUAAUGGAAAUUGCCGCUUUUAUGACUAUGGUAAUAGCAUCAGGUUGGAUACACAAUUCUGCAUUGAGGGCAGAAGGAAAUCUGCUGGAAAGCGAAUUACUGCAUUACAGUUCUCUCCUGAAGAUCCAAAAAAAGUGAUGAUCACUUCUGCAGAUUCUAAAGUAAGAAUCGUUGAUGCGCAUGGUGUUGUCCAUAGUUUUAGAGGUCUUCGGAAGACGAAGAGCCAUCUAUCCGCUUCAUUUACAUCGGAUGGAAGAUAUAUAGUCUCUGUUGGCGAAGACUCUAACAUCUACGUAUGGAAUUGUGAUUUGUUGAGCAAACCAUCUUCUAAAGAAGCAAAAUCAAUUCGCUCCUUUGAACUCUUCUUCUCGGAAGGGGUAUCAGUUGCAGUUCCAUGGCCUAAAAUGGAGCACAGAGCAGGUCCAUGCACCAAUGCCCUUCACCUUCCCUCGCCGCCACUUAAAAUUUUGGAGCCUUCAACCUGGCUAUGGGAUUCAGAUUGUUUGUUUUUGGGGUCUUGGCUUUUCACUGAUGGUGCAUCACGGGUCGGGCCAGAGGAGAAACUUCCUACAUCACCUCAGGCUUCAUCGUUUUCAGAUAAUCCCAAUAUAGGCAAAAUUAAUAAUGAAAUGGUAUGUCGUUAUCCCCAGCUUACUUCUCUUGCAGCCAUCUGGAGCUUAGUGAUUGUUACAGCCACCUCUGAUGGGCGCAUCAGAUCUUUCCAUAAUUAUGGACUGCCUGUAUUGUUGUAGAAGGUAAGAGGAAGCAAUGCAGCAAGCAAGUCUUUUUGGCCAUUGGUAAGUCGAUAUAAAAAGGUUUUGCUAGUUACGGGAAUGUUUCCCAGCUGUGCAACAUCAUUCGCCGCAAUGAAAGCCUUCUCUGCCAUCAGAGCAGAAUCACAACAUCUUUGGUGCUGCACCGUUUUCUUUUGAUGUUAAGAUAUUUUUCGGAAGAUUAGAUGAUCGGAAGUUUGUUGAUUGUAGAUUAAGAUACGCUCCAUUGCUCUGUUUGGGUAACAUGCGUGAUUCAUUUGGAACCAGUCCAAUUAAUAUCGAUGGUAUAUUUUGAUUAUAAUGUUACCCACUCUUUUUCCCAUCUCCACUUGUU